CUUAUAUGGCUUGUAUCCUGGGCCGCUGCUGACUUCAACUUUCACAAAAUAUGUAAAAUUUUCAAUUAUAAAAUCGACGAUAUAGUGCUUUCAUAAUUUAUAAUAGAAUAAUAAAUCAGUAUUAGAAAACUUAUUUUAUACAAGCUUGGAGUACUAAAAAUAAAGGAAAAAUACAAGAAGAUGAUAGUAAUUCUUAACACAUUAAAACACUUGCACUAGUUACUCAAUUCCACCGAAAACUUUGUAUUUAUUUAUUUAUUUUCUUUCACUUGAGCCUGAAUUUAUUCCACUUUACACUGUCCAUUCUUCAUAUUAGUUCUUUAUUUUCUGUCUAACACUUGAUUCCUUGCCAUCCAAAAACAAACUUAUUGAUUUUUUAGAUCUUUCAAUACCAGCAUGCAUCCCCUGGGUAUAUAUUUAUUUGCGACAAACUUAGUCGAUGUAAACAAGAUGUAACGAAUUUGGUUCUACUAGGCACAUGUAUUAGGCUUUCGUCAAUUCCCAAGAAAAUAAAAUAUUUGGCACUAAUUAGGUUUUGGGGUUUCUCCCUAUAAAACUACACUAAACUGGAAAUUAACGUUGCAACCAACUAUCUCUUACCAUCUAUACCUUUGUUAUCUGUCUUUCUCAACUUUUCAGCCAACAACAAUGGCAAACCAACUUCAAGAUCCCUUAACCUCCUCCACUAAACCAAGUCAAAUCAAAGAAGAAGAAAAAUUUGAUGAAGAAACUGUGAGCUUGCAAGCAGAGAGUCUUGUGAACACACUUGCCUUCCCCAUGGUUCUCAAAGCGGCCUUGGAGCUUGGCGUCAUCGAAACAAUCACAGCUGUAGAUGAAGGUGUCUGGCUCUCCUCUUAUGAGAUUACGAUCCGUCUCCCAACCAAACCUACUAACCCAGAGGCACCGGUUUUGUUGGACCGGAUGCUGAUUUUACUAGCCAGUCACUCGAUCUUGAAGUACCGUAUGGUUGAAACCGAAGAAAACGAAAAUUCCAAGAGGGUAUAUGCAGCUGAACCGGUUUGCAGAUUUUUCUUGAACGGUGGAGACGGAUCCGGUUCUCUUGCGCCUCUCUUCAUGGUCAACUUAAGCGAAGUCUAUUUCAAGACUUGGACACAUCUCAAAGAUGUGAUAUUAGAAGGAAAGGAUGCAUGCGUCUCUGCUCAUGGCAUGAAACUUUUUGAAUAUAUUGGUUCGGAUGAACGAUUCUCCGAGAAAUUUAACCGGGCAAUGUCGGAAGCGUCCACGUUGACCAUGAAGAAGGUUUUAGAACUUUAUAGAGGUUUCGAAGAUGUACACACUUUGGUGGAUGUGGGAGGAGGAAUUGGAACUGUUAUAAGUCUAGUGAUUUCCAAGUAUCCUCAUAUUAAAGGCAUCAAUUUCGAUCUAGCCUCGGUUUUAGCACAUGCUCCUCUAUAUCCAGGAGUGGAACAGGUUUCAGGAGACAUGUUUAUAGAAAUUCCGAAAGGAGAUGCUAUUUUCAUGAAAUGGAUACUACAUGAUUGGAAUGACGAAGACUGUGUGAAAAUUCUCAAAAACUGUUGGAGAAGUCUUUCCGAAAAAGGAAAGGUGAUAAUAAUCGACAUGAUUACACCUCUAGAACCAAAGGCCAACGACUUUGCUUCUAACGUUGUGCUCGCGAAGGACAUGGUAAUGUUAACACAAUUAUCGGGUGGUAAGGAGAAGUCUCUUUCCCAGUUCGAGACUUUGGCCUCUGAUUCGGGUUUUCGUCGUUGUGAAAUCAUAUGUCGUGCUUACUCAUAUUAUGUUAUUGAAUUCCACAAAUAAACUCCUGAAUCUUACCAAGAAAAACUGUGAAUCAUCUCCGUCAUGUGGCUGAUGGUUUCUUUGUGGGUGUAAUAUAAUUUGUGUGUUGGGUUGUUUUCUUUUUCAUGAUUGUGGAUAUUGUUAUGUGUCAACAAGGUGCAAUAACUUUAGAGAAUGUGAAUUUUCUGAAAAUAAAUGUCUUAGAAAUUUCACUUGCAAA